AUGAAUUCGAUCACCAAAGCACGAUUAUUAAAUGAAUUAAAUGAGAAGGAACUUCAAACUGGAGCAGCGAAUACGAAUAAGAGUUGGCAUAAUGUGUAUCGGGAAAGUGCUUGGAUCUAUGUUGGUGGAUUAGAUUUUCAACUAACCGAAGGAGAUGUUCUCUGUGUUUUUUCUCAAUGGGGUGAAAUUGUCAAUAUGAAUUUACUACGUGACAAAAAAACUGGUAAAUCAAAAGGUUUUGCGUUUAUUUGUUAUGAAGAUCAACGAAGUACAAUCUUAGCUGUUGAUAAUUUCAAUGGAGUUAAAUUAGCAGGCCGUCAAAUACGUGUCGACCAUGUCAAAGAUUAUAAACCACCAAAAGAACACGAAAAUGAUGAUGAUCUGAUUCGAACAUUGAAAGAGUUAGGUUGUGCACCAGGUGUCGAUUUACCACCGCCUUCGUCUUCAUCUUCAUCUUCAUCGAGGCGAAAAGAUGAAAAACAUUCAUUCUAUGUUAAACAAGAACCUAAAAGAUUUAAAAAAUGA